AUGAUAAGUAGCGAGGCGCGCGUCACGAGGCGCCUGGCAACUGGCAACUGGCAACUGGCGUCGGUAAUGGCCGGCGUUAAUGGCAUACCGUCCGAGACGCGUCGUAAUUCCAACGACUUCGUCGCCCGAAUUCCCCACGGUAGCCCCACUUCAAACUGUCGCUCGCCCAAGUGUCGACCGUCAAAUGAAGAUUCUUUUAGCGCUCCCAAC